AUGGGUGUUCAGUGUCCCGUCCACAGCCACUAUGAGCUCUGUGGCUCUGGCUGUGAAGUCACCUGUCAUAGUUUGGCUCCUCCCACUGGCUGCCGUAGCCCCUGUAUGGAGGGCUGUGUGUGUGACGACGGCUACAUCAGGAGUGGGGACCGCUGCGUCCCCUUCUCUCAGUGUGGGUGUCUCUAUGGCAACCGCUACUACUUCCUUUACCAACAGUUCUAUCCUGGCAAUAACUGUGAGGAGGUGUGCAUGUGUUUACCAGAUGGCCAGGUGGUCUGUAAAAAGUCAUCUUGCGGCCCCUAUGAGAGGUGUGAGUUGGUGGACGGCGUUCACAGAUGCAAGCCAAUCAGACAGGCCAUUUGCGAAGCUUCGGGGGACCCACACUAUGUGUCCUUUGAUGGGCUGCGCUUUGAUUUCCAGGGAACCUGUACCUACAUUCUCUCCCAAUCCUGUGGCCUGGAACAGACCAACCUGACCCAUUUCUCCAUCCAGGUGAAAAAUGAGAGAUGGUGGCCCAAUAGAUAUCAUAAAGUGUCUGUUACCCAGCAAGUGGCCUUAACGGUCUACGGCAGCACCAUCAUCUUAAGACAAAAUGAGCCCCAGAUCUUGGUCAAUGGGGUUUUGACUAACCUCCCUUAUAGUUCAAGCAGUUUAAAUGGCCCCUUGGUCCAGGCCUAUAAGGAAGGUAUUUACUACAUCAUCAAGACUGGCUUUGGUCUCUAUGUGACCUAUGACCUGUCUUACCACGUCACUGUUACCAUUCCUGACAACUACAGCAACAAGACCUGCGGACUCUGCGGCAACUUUGACGGCAUCCCUUCGAAUGACUUCCGUCUCCCAGAUGGCAAUAUUACACAGGACGUAAAUGUAUUCGGGAGAGCCUGGAAAGUCGAUGUCCCUGGAGUCGUGUGUGAGGACGGCUGUGAAGGCGACACAUGUGUGGACUGUGAUCCUCGAUUGAAAGCCAUCUUUGAGAAGCCUCCCUACUGUGGAGUUCUGGUUGAUCCCAACGGGCCGUUUGCUGCCUGUCACGCUGUGCUGAACCCCUCAGUUUAUCUCAACGACUGUGUCUUUGACACCUGCGCAUCCGACGGCAGCAUCAGGGUGGUUUGCGAUACUCACAGUCACUACGAACCGUGCACGGACGUCUGCUCUUCUGCUUGCCCUGGACUGACUACAAUAAUCCAGUGUCCUAAAACCUGCACAGAGGGUUGCGCUUGUGACGACGGCUAUAUGUUUGAUGGCCAGCAAUGCACUGAACUUCAGCAAUGUGGCUGCUAUCAGCAGGGACGCAAGUAUACGGCUGGGGAGGUGGUUUACCUGGACCAGUGUCAGCAGAAGUGUCAAUGUGAUCCAGUGAAUGGACUUACAUAUCCAUGUCAAGACCUCCACUGUCGAGAGAAAGAGACAUGCGGCUUUGAACACGGCAACGCUGUGUGUGUGCCCCAGUACAACAGCACAUGCUGGGCCUGGGGUGAUCCGCACUACCACACCUUUGACGGCCAUGAGUAUAACUUCCAAGGCACCUGUAAAUACGUCUUGUCUAAGACCUGUGGGAAUCUGAGUGGACUGGUGCCCUUCUCUGUAACCCAGAGCAAUGAAAACCGUGGAAAUCUUGAUGUGUCUUAUGUGCGAGAAGUGGAAGUUACUGUAUAUGGCAGCACUUUUACAAUGGUGAACCACCAUACAGGACAGAUCAUGGUGGAUGGUUUGUGGUUUUAUCUUCCUCUUGAUCAUCUUGACGGCCAAGUGAGGGUGAGACAGAGUGGCAAUGCUGCUCUUUUGGAAACUAACUUUGGUCUGCGUGUCUCUUUCACUUGGGGCUGGCGGGUUGAUCUGCAUCUUCCCAGUAGUUACUAUGGAGUUGUGUGUGGCCUGUGUGGAAAUUUCAACGGUAAUGGUGGCGAUGAGUGGAGAGACCCUGCUGGAGUUCUUCUGCCAAGUCUGUAUCAGUGGGCAAAGAGCUGGACAGCAGAAGACAGUGUCACAUCUGCAUGUCACGAUGGCUGUGAGACCAACUGCCCUGUUUGCUCUAGUGACUUACUUUCCCUUUAUGAAACGGACACUUUCUGUGGUGUCCUGACGUCUACAGGCCAGGGUGUCUUUAGUGCAUGUCAUGCUAAAGUGAACCCACAGGCGUUCCAGCAAAGCUGUGUGUAUGAUCUGUGCUUCAAUAAUGGAGACCGAAGACUUCUCUGUCAGGCUCUGGAGACUUAUGUCGAUCUGUGUCGUCGAGAGGGUGUGAUUAUUACAGAUUGGAGACGGAUAUUAAAUUGCUCUAUGAGCUGCCCGCCUAACAGUCAUUAUGAGCCCUGUGCGUCUCCAUGUCCAGCAACCUGUCCAUACCCAAAUCAACAGCCAAAUUGCACUGGUACCUGUGUGGAAGCCUGUGUGUGUGACAGUGGAUUUGUCCUCAGCGCUGGCACUUGUGUGCCCACCAGUCAAUGUGGCUGCUUUUAUGAAGGCGCCUACUACCAACAAGGCCAAACCUUCUGGGCUGAUGAGCGGUGUCAUCUGCUUUGCAAAUGUGACCGUAACUUAAGUGCAGUAGUGUGUCGUGAAUCUUCCUGUGCUGUCGGUGAGAGCUGCUCGAUUGUUAAUGGAAGUCGCAGUUGUCGGCCAGUGAGUCGCUCUGCCAUAUGCACAGGCUCAGGAGACCCACAUUACCGCACAUUCGACGGAUUCCGUUUUGACUUCCAGGGCACGUGUGUGUAUCAGUUGGCAGCCCUGUGCCUUUAUAAUGCGAGUCUUGUACCUUUUAAUGUGACCGUUAAGAAUGAUCAUCGUGGGAGCGGCGCGGUGAGCUUCACUAACACUGUCAAUGUGACUGUGAACGGAUUCACCGUCACACUGACCAGAGAACAUCCGUAUCAGUUACUGUUUGAUGGCCAGCUAGCAGAACUUCCCUUUUGGAUUCAAAAUGUGUUUGUAGUUGUCCGCAGCGGUAACAUUGCUGUUGUGAAGACAAACUUUGGUCUCCAGGUGACCUUUGACUGGUCCAAUGUGGUGAGCAUCGCUUUGCCUUACAAUUACACCAGUGCAGUCUGUGGACUUUGUGGAAACUUCAACGGUGUUGUUCAGGAUGACCUUGCGAUGCACAAUGGUAUGAUGGCACCCAAUGCCAGUAGUCUGGGACAGAGCUGGCAGGUUGCUGCAACACCUGGCUGUUCCUCAGCUGGUUGCCUUGGUGCUGGAUGCUCAACCUGCACUGCGACCCAGAGGGAGAACGCCCAGCGCUACUGUGAGAUCAUCACAAACUGGACAGGGCCUUUCAGAGAAUGUCAUGCGCAGAUUGAUCCCAGAUCUUACCUAGAGGAUUGCAUAUUCGACACCUGCCACUUCCAAGGACAUCAGGUUGUUUUGUGUGACGCAGUGGCAGCCUACGCAUCUGCUUGUCAGAGUCAAAAUCUCACGGUUCACCUGUGGAGAAAUGCCACAUUCUGCCCUCUGUCCUGCCCACCAAACAGCCACUACAACCCCUGUGCUCCAGGCUGUACUGAGACCUGUGUUAAUCUCUCUGUGCACAACUGUAGCAGACCCUGUGCUGAGGCCUGCCAGUGUGAUCGGGGUUACAUCUUGAGCGGCCAAACCUGUGUGCCACAAGCAGAAUGUGGCUGCUUCUAUCGGGGACGCUAUUAUAACAAAAACCAGAUGUUUUAUUCCCAUGAGCAAUGCUUAGAGCGCUGCGUGUGUGGGGCAAAUGGAACUGUUUCCUGCCUGAAAUCAAGCUGUGGUCCAGGAGAAGCGUGCAGGGUGGUGAAUGGAGUAUUGGGAUGCCACCCUGUCAGUUAUGCAAGAUGUGUGGCUUCCGGUGACCCUCACUACAUUUCCUUUGAUGGCAGGAGGUUUGAUUUUCAAGGAGCAUGUGUGUAUACACUCGCUAAGGUAUGUGAUCGGGCUGAAGGACAGCUGAUGAAUUUUUCUGUGGACACACAGAAUGAGCAGAUGGCAAACACAAAGGUUUCUGUCAUCAAGAACUUGACUGUGACUGUUUACAACCUGACAAUCAGCAUCAGACGAGGCGAACGCUGGAGAGUCAUCGUGAACAAUGGAUUUGUCACCCUCCCUUCAUCUUUUGGCUAUCAAGUCACCAUUAACCAGGUUGGUCAAAGUGUCCAAGUGCAAACAGAUUUUGGCUUGAGAGUUCUGUAUGAUGCCAGUUACCACGCAGAAGUCUAUGUACCCUCAAACUAUCAAGGUCGCAUGUGUGGACUUUGUGGAAACUACAAUGGCAAUCCAGCAGAUGACUUCUUGUUGCCCAAUGGCACACAAAGCACCAGUGUCGAUGCAUUCGGACAGACAUGGGCAUUGCCAGCAACUGAUGUUCAGUGCGGAGGUGUAAGUUCCCCACAGCAGUGUGAUCAGACCAAAGCUGAGAGAUACCGCAGAGAUGAUGCCUGUGGCCUUAUGGCAGCUGUCACUGGUCCCUUCAGUGCCUGUCACGAUCAGCUGAAUCCUGAGCAACAUGUGAUUAACUGUGUAUUUGACAUGUGUGUUACGGAUGGAGACAGAGCGAUACUGUGUGAAAAUCUUCAAGCUUAUACCAUUAUUUGCCAACAAGCCGGGAUACAAAUCAUGCCAUGGAGAAAUAGUUCAUUCUGUCCGGUGGACUGUCCAGCUAACAGUCACUAUGCACAGUGCUCUAAUAACUGUGUGAACACCUGUGCCAGCCUUAGUGGCUCCGUUAACAACUGCCCAGAUGUUUGCAUGGAAGGCUGUCAGUGUGAUGAAGGUUGGCUCUCAGAUGGUGAUGCGUGUGUGCCUGUGGGAGACUGUGGAUGUGUCCAUAAUGGCAAAUACCUAAAGGUUGGCGAAGUCUUAGUGACUGACACCUGCGACAUGAAGUGUGUGUGUCAUUCUGCUGGGCUGCUGGAGUGUGUAAGACAAACCUGUGCCAGAGGAGGGAUCUGUGAAGUUCGGGGUGGCCAUCGAGAUUGUUACACUGAUCGAGGCCGCUGUGUAUUUGAUGCCAAUGACCAGUUGCAGUCCUUUGAUGGUGUGACGGGGAAAGUGGAGCGGCUGGGAGCCUUUCAAAUGGCUUUCUUAUGUGAUCAAGAGUCUCCUGACUGGUUCCGUGUGGUGUUGGAUCUACAUGCAUGUGCUAGGAAUGAUUCCAGUAAAGUGACAAUGGUCCACGUCUUCUUCCAGAGCAUGAUCAUUACAGUCAACAAUCAGUGGCACAGCUGGGUGAAUGGAAAGAAGAUCUCGUAUCCCUUUAUGUCUAAAGAGGGGGUGUCAGUCUCGUCCACAAAUGAGGCUGUGAUCAUUGAGAAGGUGUCUACCAUGAGACUGACUUUCUCUGGCACUGGAGAGGUCGUGUUAUCCAUUAGCACAGUUUUGACAAACCAGGUUUGUGGGGCCUGUGGUAACUUUAAUGGAGUCACAGCAGAUGAUAUGAUGACUUCUGAUGGGAGAAACUCCACUAUGAUGUCUCUAGUUGCAUCAUCCUGGAAUGCUGAAGACUUCUUUACAUGUGAGGUGUAA